UCCUUUAACCGAGCCGAGACACGGCGAGACACCUGAAGGGAGCUGAGAGCAGAGGAGAAGGAGAGAGAGAGAGGAGACAGGAUCUGAGAGCGCAGACGGCUCUCUACGGUGCCCCAAGAUGUCGCAGAAGAAGGAGUAUGUCAACAUGAGCAAGACUCAGGCCAAAGACCUCUCUCUGGUGAUCGCUCGCAUGCAGUCAAAUGCAGAUCAAGUGGAGAAGAACAUCCUGCGAACAGAGCAGCUGCUGAAAGCGGACACAGAGAGAACCCUGAAGAAACAGGCACUGGUCCAUCAGAAGGAGAACGCAACCAUCCUGGCGCAGGCCGAGGAUCUGCUCAAACAGCUGUUCAUGGACGUCGACAAGGCCAAGAAGCUGCAGCACCCCCAGGCCAAAGAGAUAGAGCGAGAUGUGAAGAAUCUCCACGAUCGCUGGGCGAAGGACUGCAGUACCUACAGGGAGCUGUACGCCCCCCCGCAGGAACUGGACCUGAAGUCGAAGAUCGGCUGGGGCCCGCUGUUCGAUGAAAAACUGAAGCAGCUGAAGAAAGCCGAGUUCGGCCCGACGCUGGCUGACGUGGAGAAGCAGAUCGCGGCUCAUAACAUCCUGCACCAGGAGAUCGAGGCGUACAGCAAGCAGCUGCAGCCCAGCACCUCCGGCUCGCAGGAGCAGUAUGACACCCUCAAGAAGAAGUACGCCGAGCUCACUGACCUGUCCCACCGCAGGCGGAACCAGCUGGCCUCUCUGUACGAGUACAUGCAGAGCUGCAGUAAGGAGCUGGCCUAUCUGUCCGGCCAGCAGGAGAGGAUCCUCCAGAGAGACUGGAGUGAUCGCAUGGUCGACCCCCCGGGAGUGCGCAUGGAGUACGAGAAAUUUAAAACCAAUGGACUUAUAGCACACGAGAAAGAGGUGAACAAGUUGCACGACGAAGGGGAUCAGCUCUUGCAAGAAAAACAUCCCGGCGCUCCGACGAUAAAGGCGCACAGAGACAUAGUUCAGGCCGAGUGGCAGGAGUUCCUCAACCUGUGUCUGGCACAGGAGGUUCAUCUGGAGAACAUCGACAACUACAAGAAGUUCCAGCUGGAAGCAGAGCAGCUGUCGGAGUCCAUGGAAAGACUCCGCUCCACCAUGGAUCCAAGAGCUCUGACCAACAAGAGCAAUCCGGAGGUCCUGUUAGCGCUGGAGGGAGACGAGCCGGCUGUGAAGAGGAGCGAGCAGCGGCUGGAGGCCCUCCGGGACCUCAGCAACAAGGUCGUGCCGCUGAAAUCCCGCAGAGUCAAACCCACCAAGCCCACGCCCGUGGUGGCUCUCUGCGACUGGACAGACGAGGAUGACGUGUUGCGCCGCGGAGAGACGCUGAACCUCAAAUCCAACUCCAACAACCUGAACUGGGAGCUGCAGAGCCGGGGUGGGGAGACCAAGACCCUCCCUGGGGCCUGUUUCAUGAUCCCAGCGCCUGAUGCCGAGGCCCUGGAGAAGGUCAACGGUCUGGAAAAAGAGCUGACGGAUUUAAAGAGGGGCAGAGCCACACUGAUGUCCUCCCUGAAGAGCCGCUCGCCGGACGUGGUUCGUCCUCAGAGGACAGCUCCUGUUCAAAGUGCUCCCGAAGAUCCAAAAGCCGUGCAGCUCAUCGGAGAAAUCGACAGGAUCAACAAAGCUCUGGAAAGGUUAGAAAUGGAGAUCCAGAAUCGUCUGAGGACUCCGCUUCCCAACCGCAACCCCACACAGGAUCUGGAGGAGCGUCUGCAGGAACACGAGAAAUCUGUUCUGGCCGUGAGGAAGCUGGAGUCCGAGAAGGCGGCCAUCCAGCGAGAGAUGGAGCCCAUCCUGGCCAAGAAGCCGUUGGGACCCACCACUGCCACCCUGCCCGUUAAACUCAACGCCGCCGACAACAAGAUCAACGACCUCAACGGACUCCUGGACCUGUACAACAAGAAAGCGACGACCGCCAUGUAUCUGGAGAGGCAGAUGAAGUCCGUGGACGGGAUCGUCUCGGGGUUCGAGGAGCAGCUGGCAAACGACCGCACCAUUCUCGACCAGUCCAACUCCCUCCAGAGUCGCAGCCGGGCGCUGCAGGAUUUGCGUAAGAACGUUGCGUCGAGGAAAGAGGAUCUGACUAAACUGGGCAAAGACUUGAACCUGACGCAGCAGGUGUGCCGCUCCCUGGAGAAGAGCUUCAACGAGUACUGCCCCGACAUCCAGCGGCAGGAGAGAGAGGUGAAGAACCUCAACAACCGGUACGCCAACGUCAACCAGCAGAUUCAGGAGAGGUCUGAUCUCAUCAAACAAGCUACCAACAAAAAUCAAGAUUUCAACAACGCUCGACAGUCGCUGGAGUUUUUCCUGGUCAAUCUGCCAAAUAAUAAGAUCAAACCCACCGACGGUGUGGCCCAGAUAGCGACCAAGGAGAACUCUCAGAGGAGAGUGGUGGAGGACAUCAAGGCGAAGUCAGACGAUGUCAAGAGAUUCAAGGAUCUUUCCCGCGAUCUGCAAAAUGUCCUGAAUGAAUAUGAAACCAAGUCCAACGCUUAUCGUGGCACCCUGAGAGAUGACAAUGACGAUGAUGAAGAUGACAGUUAUGGGGAGCUGCUGUCACUGAAACGUCAAGCUGUACCUCUGGCCACGGCAGUGCAGAGAAAGGAGAAAGAUCUUCUGAACCUUUACUCGGAGGUGUCGGCAGAGAACGAUCAGCUGCUGAGACAACUUGGGACGGCAAAGCACAUGAUGGGCCGGAAUGAAGACAGAGCGACUCAGAUCGUCGUCACACAGCAGCUGCAGUUGCAGAGUCAGCAGAAUGACUUGAAGGAAGCUGGUAGCCUGAAAAGGGAAUUAGAUGAGGAGGUUGCCAGGCGCAUACACGCUGAGAGAGAUCUGGAAACAUACCAUAAGAGGUACAUGUCUCUGAAGGCCAGGAAAGGAGUGGAGAGACUGGAGGAGAAGGAGGUGGUGGAAUAUUACCGUGACCCCAAAUUGGAGAUGGAAUUAAAGUCUCUGAAAAGUCGGAUCCAUGACGAAGAGCUGAGUAGAUCAAGAAUCCAAUCAGAGACAGAAAUUGUCAAUGAGAAGAUCAUCAAACUGGAAUUAGAGCUGAAAAGAGUCGAACCGAAACUCAUAACCAAAGUGUUCACUGAAUACGAGAGAGACCCGCAGCUCGACAAAGAGGCAGCUAAGAUGAGAGAAGAGAUCAGGAGGCUCAAGACGGACUUCCAGACAAGAAAUACUGAAACUAUCCACGUGAAAAAUGAGUACACCGUUCUGAGCCAGCAGAAACCAAAGAUCCGGGAGAAGGUCGUCAAGAAGGAGGUGGUGACCGUCGAGAAAGAUCCCGAGAUGCUCAAAGCCGUCAUCACUUUCAAAGCAGACAUCGAGGAUGUGGGCUCGCAGUGCAAGUCGCUGAACGACAGCAUUUUCAGCACAAGGAAAGAGAUCAACACUUUAGAGAGGAUUAUUCCCACCAUCCAGCCCAAGAUUGUCUCCAAGGUCGUGAAGCAAGUGCAGCAAGAUCCAGAGAUUCUCGAGGAGGUGAAGAAGCUGCGUGUUGCCUUGGAAGAGGAGAAGGAUGAGAACGCCACCUUGGUGAAAGAUCUCACCACACUUCAACUGCGGUACAGCGAAGUGGAGAAAAUUAAGCAAAAAGUGGACAUGAAGGAGGUCAUCAACGAGAUCUAUAGAAUCGACCCGGCAACAGAGGUUGAACUGGUGCGUCUCAAGAAAGACCUGAAGGACUGCAGCCGAAGUCGCGCCGACAUUGAGACAGAAAUCAACACGGUCAUGUCAAAUCUGACCGCGCUGCGCGCUCAGAAGCCAAAAACAGAGUACAAGGAGGUGACCCAAGAGGUUGUCAAAGAAGAGAAGAGCCCAGAGGUCAUCAGGGAAUUACAAAGGCUGAAUAACCAAAUCUCACGUUUGCAACUCAACUAUGACACCACGUAUGAGCUUCUGAUCCAUCUAAGGAAAGAAAGAGAUGACUUGAAAGCAGAAAAAUCCAAAGUGGAGACUCGGCUCGUUAAUAAAGAGUUCAUCAAAUAUGAGAAUGAUCCUCUUCUUGAGAAAGAAGCUGACAGACUUCGAAGGAAUUACAGGGAGGAGAUUCAGAAUCGCCGCACUUUGGAAGAGUGUCUCUUUGACCUACAGAACCAAUUUAUCACUCUUGAAAGGCAGAAGCCAGAAGAGAAAAUCGUUACGCAGGAGGUGGUUCGUCUCCAGAAGGACCCCAAACAGAUCCUGGAGCACGAGAAGUUAAACAGGACCCUGGAUGAUGAGAUGAAAACGCGCAGAAAACUUGAAUUGGAGGUGAGACAGCUCAGAGGCCUGAAUCAGGAAAUGGAGAGUAACCUCGCUCUGAUGAACGAGCGCCAGAAGAAGAUCCAAGUGGAGUCAGAGCUACGGCAGAUAAAGGCCCGCAUUCUGGAACUGGAGACCGCUCCGACACCCGUGGAGGAAAAAAUAGUCAUUGAAGAGGUCCUGAAAGUGGAGCGGGACCCUGAGCUGGACGUAGCCACGGAUGGCCUGCGGAAGAACUUUGAGACAGAACGCAGCAACAUCAAUCAGCUAGAAAGAGAAAUUCGCAACAUCAAGCUCCAGUUAGAGAUUCUGCGGAAGGAAAAGUCAACAGAGAAGGUCGUCUACAGAGAAGUUGUCCGUGUGGAGAAAGAUCCGGCAGUGGAAGCUGAGAGGGAGCAUCUCAGGGAGCUCGUUGCACAGGAGAGGAAUUUCAGACGUGACCUGGAAGACAGCAUUCAAAACAUCAACAUCAAAAUUACUCACCUGAUGACGUCCAAGUCCGUAACGUCAAAGGAGGAGUUGACUCUCAUCUCAAACAGGGACGCUUUACAACAGGAGAAGGAGGACCUGCUCAAGAAGCUCAGGAUGCUGGAGACUCAACGGCAGAGCAUCACAAUGACGUUCCAGCAGCAGACCAGGUUAGUGAGCGAGAGGACCGAGAUAUCUCGACAGAGAAGUCUCAAGAUAUCCUCAGAUAUUCAGCGGCUCGAACAGGAGAUCCUGAGAGAGAAAGAGAAGCUACACCAGCGGGAGAAGGUCCUCAUUGAGUUACGCAGCUCCUAUAAGAAAGAGGAGCAUUCGGAAACUCACACCAGAGAGACCAAUCUGUCCACAAGGAUCACCAUCUUAGAUCCUGAUACUGGAAAACCCAUGUCUCCGUACGAGGCCUACGUACAGGGACUGAUUGAACGAGACCAGUACAUUAAGCUGUCAGAGCUGGAGUGUGAUUGGGAGGAGAUCACUUCAGCUGGCCCAGACGGAGACACAACAAUUUUACAAGAUCGAAAAAGUGGGAAACAGUUUUCUGUAAAGGAUGCUCUGAAGGCCGGCCGCUUGACGCAAAGCGAAUUUACGCGCUACAAGCAGGGAAAUAUGUCAAUUUCUGAGUUUGCCCUCCUGGUAGCAGGAGAGGUAAAUAAGCCUUACAUUCCACCAGUCAUCCCAAGAUCUCCUACCAGACACUCUCCAAUGACCCCGACGUCUCCCAGCAAAUUCUUUCCCACCUCUCCCUUGAACUCUAUGCCCCCCCCUCUGCGGUCCUCCUAUCCCAGCCUGAACAAUCAGCACAGCGGCAGUUUGAACAACCUCAGCGGCUCAUCUGUCGAUGAGUCUUUCCCCAUCUCGGGCGUCUUUGACACGACCACUCAGAGCCGCAUGUCCGUGAGGAGCGCGCUCACCCGCAAGCUCAUCGACCCCGACACAGCUCUGAAACUGCUCGAGGCGCAAGCGGCCUCGGGUGGGAUCGUUGACCUCAACAAAAAGGACAAAGUCUCUGUCCACAAGGCGGCACAACAGGGACUCAUUGACUCAGCUCACACGUAUAAACUUUUGAACGCCCAGAAAGCCUUUACUGGAGUUGAGGAUCCUGUGACCAAGGACCGUCUUGCGGUGGGCGAAGCGGCAAGGAAGGGAUAUCUCCCUGAAGAAAAUGCCAAGAGGUACAUGGAGGCUCAGUACCUGACGGGUGGGUUGGUUGACCCCUCCAAAGCGGGUCGCCUCUCCAUUAAAGAGGCUCUCGCAUCCAAAAUGAUUGACAGCACAACGGCGAAAGAGCUGGAGGAUGAGUCCACCUACCCCAAAGAUUUUGUUGACCCCAUCACUAAAGAGAAGAUUUCUUACAAAGAGGCAAUGGAUCGGUGCACGACCGACCCAAGCACAGGGCUCCUCUUACUUCCUGCUGAAUCCACCGAUUUGGCAAGCUCCCCAUCCUACUCAAACUACCGAUUCAACUCCCCUUACCAGUACUAGGAGCAAGAUAUGUCAUGAGUCGAACGGCACAGCCACUUCUGCUGGAGGGCAUAGGAUAACCCGACACACUAAGAAAAAAAAUGAAAGCAUAAUAAAAACUUUGGGGGAAAACAGUGUAUUAUGUGGUGAAACUGUACAUCUUGGUUUGGAUUUGUUUGGGUACAAUAUUUGGUCUGUGGCAAAGAUGAGGGGAAUUUUAUUAUAUGGCAGUUUUCUUUCUUGUUUUUAACGUUCUGAAAAAAAAUCUUUAAUAAAGGUGCUUAAUAAACUCA